CAGAGAUGAUAUACGAUACCUUUUGUUAACUAAUUGUGCGUUAAAGACACUCGCUCAUGGUAUGACAUGGAGUAACGUUAUUACUUUGGACCUUACAAUCAGCUGCUCCAAGUGCUAUUUCCGAACAUAAUUAAAGACAAAGAUGAAAGACGCCGCAGGAAAAUAACCCGGAACUUAUUUAUUGUAUAACUACUUUUGCACCAUAAAUCUGUGUUCUUAUGAGCGCCACCAACACAAUCUACAUUUUAAUCUAUAAAAUGAAAAAACAACCGCAAGCGCGCAGACAAAUCCACGUCCGGGGCCGUGUCAUCACCGCCUUCUCUUUUAUUGUAAAGGUCGAUCGCGAUAGACGCGUACCUGUCAGGUAGCGUACGUGGAUACUUAAGCAAAAGCGGUGACGCACAAGGCGUUGAAUCUAACAUCGGCUUCGCUCUAGUCGAGCGGUAAUGGGUGACAUCAAGGCGAGUUUAUUCCUGGCGCUUUAUGGUCUGUUGCUGCUGGGCUGUUAUGCUGAUACUACAAACCCGCCCCCCACGUGUGGGCCAGGUCAGUGCUCAAAGUCACAAGAAACCCCCCUGGUCCAGAGGGUGAUGUUUCAGAAGUGCAACUCCAGCCUAGGUUACUGCAUUCACGGGGAGUGCAUACAGCUGGUGGACAUCCCCGACCCCCACUGCAAGUGUCAGUUAGGUUAUGUUGGACCCAGGUGUGAACUUCUAGAUCUAGACAAGAUCAUUCAGCCAACAAUAAGUGAGGAGCACAUCAUCCUCACCGUGGUGUGUGUUGGGCUGUUGCUCAUUGGGAUUGCAGGCCUCCUCUACUUCAGCAUCAAGUGGUAUGUGUACGUGUGUAUGCCCGCCUGUGUGUGUGUGUGUGUGUGUGUGUGUGUGUGUCUCAUCUGGUUGACUCUUACAAAACUCUUUCUGUCUGGACAGGUCCCAGAAGAACAGAAGACCACCUCCAGAGAAAAUGUAUCAGGAAGUGCAGAUGGCUUGAGCAACAGCUGUGUGUGUGUAUGUGUGUGUGUUCCUUUAUGUACUGACUAUGAGUUUGACCAUAUUUAUAAUGAGAAAUAGCUCAACAGGUGUUUUAAGAACUCAAGUUACAAAUAAAUAAAAAAAAAUAUAUAUAUAUAUAUAUAUAUAUAUAUAAAAUUUUAUAUAUAUGGAAUUCAUAAUAUAUUCUUACGGACUUUAAUCUUGCUAGAAACAUGGUAAAAAUGUCAGUUGGAGUCAUUGGCAGAUAGUGUACCGGUUUUGUGGUUACGACAGUCAUGCUUUUAAUUUCUGCAAGGGCGGGGCUGUGUGAGUCACGGGUCUCAUGGGAGUGUCCUCCCAGGUGUCUGUUUCUGGGAGGUGCAGCAUUCUCUGAACUGGACCUGUCCUUUUCGUUCAGCCUGCCAAGAAGCACUCUUGUCCUUUACUCUGAUUCACAACUGAAUAGCACAGUGAGGGGAGUCGGCAAAAGUAAGUGGCCGCCAAUCUCCACCCAACAAACAAAACCUCCGUUGCAGAAGAACCGGUCCCCCAGGAGGAAUAUUUGAUCCAAUAAACAGACAUACUCCACUGCAAAACUACAAAUGAUGCAUUGUUAUAUGGAUGUCUCUGCAUGUUUACAUUUUUGUAAAAAAAAAAAAAAGAAAAAAAAACAUUAAAU